AUGGACUUCGACACAACACCUUUUCUCGCUGCGAUUCCCAAAUCCUCCUAUUCCUUGGGCAUCCUUGCAGCCGCAGUGGGAUACUUGACCUACAGAUGGCUUGUAGCGACAGAUAUCCCUCACAUCAAGGGUCUACCGGAAAUCCCAGGCGCAGUUCCCAUCUUCGGCCAUCUGCUGAAACUAGGUGAAGACCAUGCCAGUGUAUGCGAGCGCUGGUGGAGACAGUAUGGCCACUCUGUCUUUCAGAUUCGCCUGGGAAACACCCGUGCUGUGGUUGUGAACUCAUUUGAAGACUGUCUAAAGAUGCUGCUGGGCCACCAGAACGCCAUCAUUGACCGUCCUAAGUUGUAUACUUUUCACGGCAUCAUCAGUAGCACGCAAGGUUUUACUAUUGGCUCAUCGCCCUGGGACGACUCGUGCAAGAAGAAGAGAAAAGCGGCCGGAACUGCAUUGGGACGACCUGCUCUCAGAAACUACACCCAAAUGUUUGAUCUGGAAAGUCUCUGCAUCGUACGAGACCUAAAACGCAGUAGCUCCAAUGGCGAAGUGGAAAUCAAUGUCCGGCCAUUCAUUCAGCGAUACGCAUUGAAUACAACGCUCACCCUAUGCUACGGAAUCCGUAUGGAUGAAGUCUACGACGAGCUCCUCCGUGAAAUUUUGCACGUGGGAUCUGCCAUUUCUCUCCUGCGUAGUGCCUCGGAGAACCUCCAGGACUACGUUCCACUUCUGCGCUACGUGCCCAAUAACGAGAAAAAUAUCCGGUCCAAAGAGCUGCGUGAUCGCCGAGAUACAUACUUGAAUCUGUUGCUUGAUAAAGUGCGUGUCAUGAUUAAAAAUGGCACCGAUAAACCUUGUAUCUCGGCUGCCAUUCUCAAGGACGAAGAAACAAAACUUACGGGAGUGGAAGUGUCUUCGAUCUGUCUCUCGUUGGUAUCUGGAGGCUUUGAGACGAUCCCUGGAACACUGACAUCUGCUAUUGGGUCCUUGUCCACGCCGGAGGGGCAGGCCUGGCAAGAUCGGGCCUAUGCCGAUAUCAAGAAAUACUACCCGGAUAUUCGAGAUGCCUGGAGAGAAUGCAUCUAUGAAGAGAAAGUGCCUUAUAUAAACGCUAUCAUUAAGGAGGCCGGUCGCUUCUAUACUGUGAGCGCUAUGAGCUUGCCUCGGAAAACAAUGACUGAAGUCAAUUGGAAUGGUAUUAUAAUUCCACCAAAAACAAUGAUCCUGAUUAACGCACAGGCUGGAAAUCAUGACGUCGACCACUUUGGCCCCGACGCCGACAAGUUCAACCCAGAACGCUGGCUCAAGACAAUCGACCCACCAACUGAGAAAGAGACGGUGGGUUUGACUCACUUGAGCUUUGGGGCAGGAUCUCGUGCUUGUUCCGGGAAGUUUAUUGCUUCACAGCUUUUGUAUAGUGCUCUCGUGCGGCUCCUUUCGACUUAUAAGAUUGUGGCAAGCGAAGAGAACCCUCCCAAUACGGAUUACGUGGAUUACAAUCAAUUAAAAUCGGCGCUUGUUGCCAUCCCACGGGACUUUAAGGUCAAACUUAUACCUAGGGAUGAUGUGAUGACCACCGAGUGUUUGGUCGAAGCCGAACAACGGACGAAGGAUUACUACAGAGAGACGAGUCGCAGUGGUGACGGGUGGGAGCAGCGGGUUAGGGGCUAUGAUAUGCAAGGUGAAAAACACCAUCAUCUGUUCAAACCGUUUUUAUUUGACCUAAAAACUGACAACACCAAGGGGCUGGUAUCCAAUGGAGCCAAAGUUUAUGUGGUAGCGCUUCCCACAGAUCCAAUUGCUGAAAUAGUCAAUGAGCUCAAUCAGCUUGGCUCUGAGACUGGAGGCAGUGCCUAUGGCUUACCAUGUGACCUCUCCCGGAAAGAAUCCAUCCAAAAACUAUCCCAAGCAAUCUCUAGUCGAGAAAAGCAGCUCGAUAUGCUUAUAUCCAAUGCCGGAAUCCGUUGCGAUCCCCCAAUUGCAUGUAAUGUGCUCACAGCACCACUAGCUGAACUGCAAGAGUCCAUGUGGUCCGUUGAAGAGACGGAUUGGGAAAGGACAUUUCGCAUCAACACGACUGCCCAUUAUUUUUUGAGUGUCGCAUUAUUGCCACUUCUUGCUGCUGCAUCUUCAGCUUCGUACGAAGGUGGCAUCAGUGGCCGUGACGAGGGCCGGGGUGUCGUUGUGGUCACAAGUUCGUGUGCGAGUAUGCACAAUAUGACCAACAUCGAUUUGACCAGCUAUGCAGCUAGUAAGGCAGCCACUGAUCAUCUAGUAAAAUUAUUAGCGGCCAAGUAUCAUAAAUUUUAUGUUCGGGUCUGCGGGAUCAAUCCGGGGUUCGUUCCGAGUAAUAUGAAUCCAGUCGGAGCAGAAGGAAACGUUUUCAGUUCCCUGUUUGAUAAAGUGCCUGCAAAACGAGCUGGCAACGCAGACGAUAUUGCGGGUACGGUUAUGUAUCUUGUGAGCAAGGCUGGGGCAUACGUGGAUGGCAUCUCACUUUGUGUUGAUGGCGGAAGGAUACUUCUCGCAAAUGGACAGGAAUAA